ACGCCUGGAUUAGAUAGGGCGAAUCUAAUGCCAACCUCCCAUGGCUGAAAUUCAACGAAUAACUCUUCCUGUCUCAUCCAAAUGUGCCACUGACGGUUAAGGGGACGCAGUAAAGCCUGCGAAGGUCCAUGAGACCCCAAACUCACGCUGCUUGUAGCAGUAGACCGCCAACCGCUUUUCGGCGUGGCAGUGCGUCUUCUGUUCCUCCGGAGAAGUUUGUUCUGUCGCUAUUCGACGCCGGAAACCAUGCUUCCCGGAGAUUUUGGACCCCUAAACGCCGCCGUAUGGUCAGUUUAUCUGCCCAUCCCUCUUGUAUCAAGGCUAGUAAGUCUGACGACUAUGGCCGUAGUACCAGAAGGGAAUAUUUAACUGAAAAUUUGGAAUCAUCGGAUGAGGCUCGAAGCACCAGGCGACAAGUGUUGUUCGUGCCAGUUCUUGCCAUGGGAGCGUCAUUUCUGUUCGCAGCGGCAGCGAGGGCCGAUGAUAAAGUGGCUGUCACUGCGACACCGUCGCCGACGGAGGUGAAAGCAGCAGUGGACUUGCCGGCUUCAAAGCCUGAGGAGCAGAAGGAGGAGGAGGAGGAGGAUGUAAUAACGUCGAGGAUAUACGACGCGACGGUUAUUGGUGAACCAUUGGCAGUUGGGAAAGAUAAAUGGAAAGUGUGGGAGAAGUUGAUGAAUGCUCGAGUAGUGUAUUUGGGUGAAGCGGAGCAGGUUCCAGUUCGAGACGAUAGGGAAUUGGAGUUGGAAAUAGUCAAGAAUUUGCACAAACGAUGCACCGGGAGCGAAAAGCGAUUAUCUUUGGCUCUUGAGGCAUUUCCAUCUAAUCUGCAGGAGCAGCUCAAUCAGUAUAUCGAUAAGAAGAUAGAUGGAGAAACCUUAAGGUCUUAUACAUUACAUUGGCCACCUCAAAGGUGGCAGGAGUAUGAACCUCUUUUUAGCUACUGUCGUGAUAGUGAAAUCCGUCUCAUUGCUUGUGGUACCCCACUAAAGGUCUUAAGGACUGUGCAAGCAGAAGGAAUUCGUGGGCUUUCAAGGGCUGAUCGUAAACUAUAUGCUCCUCCUGCCGGUUCAGGCUUCAUAUCAGGCUUUACUUCCAUCUCACGAAGAUCAUCAAUAGAUAUGACUAAUCCAAAUCCAUCUAUUCCUUUUGGUCCAAGCUCAUAUCUAUCUGCACAAGCAAGAGUAGUUGAAGAUUACACUAUGUCCCGCAUUAUCUUACAAAAUGUGCAGGAGGAAGGUCCUGGUGGCAUGUUAUUAGUUGUGACCGGUGCCAGCCACAUUUCUUAUGGAUCUAGAGGAACUGGAGUGCCAGCAAGAAUUUCAAGGAAAAUGCAGAAGAAAAAUCAAGUUGUUGUAUUACUUGAUCCUGAGAGGCAACUCAUUCGUAGAGAGGGAGAAGUUCCUAUUGCUGAUUUCUUGUGGUAUUCUGCUGCCAGACCAUGUAGUAGAAACUGCUUUGAUCGUGCUGAGGUUGCACGGGUUAUGAAUGCUGCUGGUCGAAAGAGAGAUGCCCUCCCACAGGAUCUUCAAAAGGGAAUUGAUCUUGGUUUGGUAUCACCUGAAGUGUUACAGAACUUUUUCGAUCUAGAGCAGUAUCCACUGGUUUCCGAACUGACUCAUAGAUUCCAGGGAUUUAGGGAACGAUUGUUGGCGGAUCCCAAAUUCUUGCAUAGAUUAGCCAUAGAGGAAGCUAUAUCAAUUACAACUUCACUGAUAGCUCAGUAUGAAAAGCGGAAGGAAAAUUUUUUUGAAGAGCUUGACUAUGUUAUAACAGACUUAGUCAGGGGAUCAAUCGUUGAUUUCUUCACAGUGUGGCUUCCUGCCCCGACUUUGUCAUUCCUUUCAUAUGCUGAUGAGAUGAAUGCACCUGACAACAUUGAUGCUUUGAGAGGUCUUCUGGGCUCUAUCCCAGACAAUGCAUUUCAGAAGAGUCCCGUGGGGACCAACUGGAGCCUCAAUCAUAGAGUUGCUUCUGUUUUAUUUGGUGGUUUAAAACUUGCUGGUGUUGGAUUUGUCUCAAGUGUAGGAGCUGUGGCUUCAUCAAAUGCAUUGUUUACAAUUCGUAGAUUCUUUAAUCCAGCAGUUAUUUCUAAUCAACGGAUUAUAAGAUCACCGAUGCUCAAAACAGCAGUUGUUUAUGCAUGUUUUCUUGGAAUAUCUGCAAAUCUUCGCUAUCAGAUUAUUGCUGGAGUUGUGGAGCACCGGCUUUCUGAACAGUUUUCAUCCCAAACACUUCUUGUAAAUAUGAUAUCUUUUGUUGCUCGGAUAAUCAAUUCUUAUUGGGGAACUCAGCAAUGGAUUGACAUCGCACGAUUUACUGGACUGCAAGUUAAAAUGACCGAAUCAUCCUCCCUACAAAUCCCAGAUUCUCCCAAUCAUGCUGCAAUUGCAUGCAACGAAACAGAAGAAACUGGCGUUGAUGAUGUCCAAAGUAAGUGAGAUGAAAUUACUCCGGUCACAUUUUCAGUAGUUUGUGCUACUCUUUCGAGGAAAAAUGUGUAUACAGUUCCCCCCCCCCCCCGCCCCCAAAAAAAUAAAUCAUAAACCUGAUAGUUUUAUUGGAAAACCUGGCAGAAAAAUAUAAAGAAUUGUAUCUGAGUUUACUUCUUGCACAAUUGAUAGACACAACCGAAUAGGGUUUUCUAAUUUUUUAAUGUUUAUUUUCCUCUUUGAGUAGCACGAAAGUUUCUUUUACUAUUCAAUUGCAUAUCUCUUUUUAUGAUUCUCCCAGUUUAGUGAAUGAAGUGGCGAACAUUAUAGAUGCGA